AUGGAGAAGAUCCCAUUCAAGGCAGCCGGGUGUCUCACCGAACCCCCUAUAUCUGAUCCAAUUCCAAAACAUGAGCCUCUCAGUGCACCAAUUGCGCCUUCUCCGCCGGAAGAGCCGCCCCCGUUAAGAUACUUCCGACUGAACGGAUUUAAAGUACGUCCCCACAGAACGUUGGUGGUCUCGGAAUACAUCAUCCCUGCCGAAGUGUUGGUCUUGCAAAUAAUAACGGCUCCUAGUCUCUUGAAUAACUUCACGAUAGCAGCGUCGGAAGUGGCUAUCUUAUCUGCCAACCCGACGAACCCCAUCGACGACGCAAACCCUUCAAUAUUGAUGUUAUCCUUCAAAGAAACUACCACGCCAUGGAGCGGUCCAAUGAGCUUUUUGUGCGUUUCCAAGUACUCGUCCUGA